CCAAAACAAUGGUGAAUUAAGACCAGGGUUAGCUAUGGCUCUUCUUCCUGUGUUCCGCCAUUUUCUCACACACUUGAAUAAUCACACAUCAAAACCCAGAACCGCCAUAGCUAUAGUCCGUACUCUUAAAACCCUAUCUCCUCUUUUCCUCUUUUCUUCUCCGCUUAAACCCAUCUCCUUCUCAAACCCCCCUCAUUUCUCCUCCACAGAGAACAGUUUAAUAUUGAAGAAAGAUGAGCGGGUCGGGUUGAGUUCAGAGGGCUUAAAUCCAUCAGACCGGGAUGUGAAUUCAAGUAGUACAAUUGCUGCCAUUGUCACUUCUUUGGGUGGGCAGGCGAGUGCGGUGGGUAUUAUAAGGUUAUCUGGUCCUUCAGCUGUCGAUAUAGCUGGCCGUGUUUUUCAACCCUCAAAGAGAAGGAAAAAGGACUUUUCUUGGCAGCCUACAAGUCAUGUCGUAGAAUAUGGUGUUGUCUGUGAUUGUCAUGGCAAUAUUGUUGACGAGGUUCUAGUGGUACCCAUGUUAGCACCAAGAUCAUACACCCGAGAAGAUGUGGUUGAGCUACAAUGUCAUGGGAGUGACGUUUGUCUACAUCGUGUGCUAAGAGCUUGUCUAGAAGCUGGGGCAAGGCUUGCAGAACCAGGUGAAUUCACCCUUCGUGCUUUCCUAAACGGUCGGUUGGACCUCUCUCAAGCAGAAGAUGUCGGAAAACUCGUUUCAGCCAAGUCUGUGGCUGCUGCCGAUGCUGCAUUGGCAGGAAUUCAGGGUGGUUUCUCUUCAUUGGUCAAAUCGCUAAGAGCACAAUGCAUGGAGUUGCUUACUGAGAUAGAAGCUCGAUUAGAUUUUGACGAUGAAAUGCCGCCACUAAAUAUGGAUCUAAUACUGAGUAAAAUACAUGCAAUGUCACAUGAUGUGGAGAGUGCAAUGGAAACUGCUAACUAUGACAAAUUUUUACAAUCGGGAUUACAGAUAGCCAUUAUUGGUCGGCCAAAUGUCGGGAAAUCUAGUCUGCUCAACUCAUGGAGUAAGAGUGAAAGGGCAAUAGUUACAGACAUUGCUGGAACAACACGGGAUGUCGUGGAAGCCAAUGUGACGGUUCACGGCAUCCCGGUGACGUUACUUGAUACAGCUGGGAUCAGAGAAACUGAUGAUAUCGUGGAGAAGAUAGGUGUUGAGAGAUCAGAAGCUGUUGCUAUGGGUGCUGAUGUUGUUAUCAUGGCGGUUAGUGCCGUUGAUGGAUGGACCAUGGAGGAUGCCCAACUGCUCGAUAGAAUAAAACGCACUAAGGCCGCCUCUGGAUCGCCAGUGAUUUUGGCGAUCAACAAGAUCGAUUGCGCCCCAUCUGCAUGCUCCGAGUUUGCCAACACUGUAGAUGACCAAUCUUUUAGUAAGCGUAUUCAUACGUGCGCUAUAACAGGUGAAGGAAUUUCGGAUUUGGAGACUGCAAUUCUUGAGCUCGUUGGCCUCGAAAACAUUCCUGCAGGUGGACGAAAGUGGGCUGUGAACCAGAGACAAUGUGAGCAACUUCUUCGAACAAAGGAGUCUUUAACGAGGUUGAAGUCAUCGAUAGAGGAUGAUCUUCCGUUUGAUUUUUGGACGAUAGAUUUGAGGGACGCCGCACUUGCACUUGGCCAAAUAAAUGGAGAAGAUAUAUCCGAAGAGGUUUUGACUAAUAUUUUUGCCAAAUUCUGCAUCGGAAAGUAGCGACAUAUUGGAUUAUGGUGUCGUUUUACAAAGCGUUAGCCGUGACAUUUGGGAUUAAAGGGUGGUGGUUGUGCACCAAGUCAUCUACGUUGUAGUUAUUAUUUUACUGUGAAGGGUGCCAUGAUCUUUAAUACAUAAUCGAUGUAUUAAUAGAAAACAUAGUGAAUUAAGAUUCAAACGUUACCUUUC